CGAAAGGCGAAAGAAAGAGCGCACGCCUGCACAGUUCACAAGGCGAAAGAAAGAGGGAGGUAAGGAAGAGUGCGCAUUUUAGCGAACCCCCACCAUAAUCGGAGGAGCUUCGAAGGGUAACCCAAACUCGCUCUCUCUCUCUCUCAAUAGCUCUUUGCUCCUUCACUUCUGACCUCUCGGAGACCACUCUCUCCCACGUUCUCUCGGGAAAACUCGUUCUCUCUCUCUCUCUCUCUCUCUCUCUCUCUCUCUCUCUCUCUCUCUCUCCCUCCCUCUCUCUCUCUCUCUCUCUCUCUCUCUCCGAUCUGGGAGGUAAAUUAUUUGUAGGGCUUUCUAUAUUGAUAUUAAUUUUUAAUUAUUACUCAAAUGGCUGCUCCACCGGCAAGGGCUCGGGCCGAUUACGAUUACCUCAUAAAGCUCCUAUUGAUCGGUGACAGCGGUGUGGGUAAGAGUUGCCUUCUUUUACGAUUCUCAGAUGGUUCCUUCACGACUAGUUUCAUCACCACCAUUGGCAUUGACUUUAAGAUAAGAACUAUUGAGCUUGAUGGAAAACGAAUCAAGCUGCAAAUAUGGGAUACAGCUGGUCAGGAACGGUUCCGAACAAUCACGACUGCUUACUAUCGUGGAGCCAUGGGCAUUUUGCUGGUCUAUGAUGUGACUGAUGAAUCAUCUUUCAACAACAUCAGAAAUUGGAUUCGCAACAUUGAACAGCAUGCUUCAGAUAGUGUUAACAAGAUACUGGUUGGGAACAAGGCUGACAUGGAUGAAAGCAAGAGGGCUGUGCCUACUUCUAAGGGCCAAGCACUUGCUGACGAGUAUGGUAUCAAAUUCUUUGAAACUAGUGCAAAGACAAAUCUAAAUGUGGAACAAGUUUUCUUUUCCAUAGCAAGGGAUAUAAAGCAAAGGCUUGCAGACACUGACAAUAGGGCUGAGCCAACGACCAUUAGGAUCAAUCAAUCCGACCAGGCAGCCGGAGGUGGCCAAGCUGCCCAAAAAUCGGCUUGCUGUGGGUCUUAAGAAUCUGAUUGUUUCAGCACACAUAAUGGAGGCCGACACUCUUCUGAAAAGCAAAAAACUAAUUGUGAUAGCAAUGUGAUGGGUGCUUGUAAUUUUUCUGACUCAAUUCUUUUUUGUUUUAGUGUGUGAAGGGUAGUUUUUCAUAUUUGAGAGUUUAUUUUAUUGCUAACUUUGGAUGUGUAUUUUCUGGCAAUCAACAGCUUUAUUUGUUUUCUUUCA